UAAAAUGUCUGUCAUGUUUCUUUUACAGUUGUAGCAGUAAUUUAAGAAAAAUCAAUGAAGGCGGCGGCGGUGGCUCAGAUUGCUCCGGUCAUCUCUCCCAACUUAACUCCAGUACUGGGUCUUAAAAGAAGUUUACAAAUCACUUGUCAACAAUCACCUUCAUCAAAUCAUAAUCAAGAUCAUAACUUUCCCUCAUUUAUGUUCAAGAGAACAACCAAAAAGGAUAACCCACCAUCUGCACUAGCUUCAGACAUUCCUUACAUCCCGUCAAUAAACAUAGAUUAUUCUAAUCUGGAAACAGAGUUCAAAGAAAAUGGAGUGACCUUCGAAGAAAUCUCUCUAACAGGAACAAACAGCAACUGUUUAGUCCUGAAGAUGACUUUACAAAAUGGGAGCACCGCCGCCUUAAUGCUACCUAGUGGCUUAAUCACUUCAUACAAGACACCAUUGUGGCAUGGCGGUCAGGCCGAGCUUCUUCACACAUGUGUAUCCAAACGUGCAAACUCCACAGACGUCAAUGUCCAAGGCGGCGUAUCUUUAUCCUUCGAUUGUGAAAUUGAAGGUUUAGUCUCAACAUGGUCUCCAUCCAUUUGGGACUUAUCUAGUAUCAGAGGAGGUCAGGAUCAAGAAUUUAUUCAGGUAGAACUGAAAAGCAGCAAUUGGGAUAAGACAGUUGAAGUUAAACAUAUAGUGACGAUAAGAGAAGACGUAUUGACAUCUGAACUCGUCUUCUCUAACAAAUCGUUGUCCAAUCUAAGGCUAACGGGAUCUGUUAUUACCCAUUUGGGAGUGAGCACGCCAGAUGCAACCUAUGCAUUGGGACUGGAAGGAUCAAAUUACUACAGCAAGCCGCCGCUUUCAUCUACCUUCUGUAUUACACUUCCAGAUUCUGAUCUUAGUAAGUCCAAGAAUUGGAGCCUGGGCGACCUUAACAAGGGGAAACAGGCAGAGAUUGUUGAUGGAGAAGAGAAUGAGAAUUACAAGCAGUUGACUGAUGCAAUGAGCAGGAUUUACACUUGUGCCCCACGUCAGUUGACAAUCAUGGACAGGGGAAAAAGAAACUCAAUUAUACUCAGAAGAGAUGGAUUUGAAGAGCUUUACUUGUUCAGUCCUGGCUCAGAUGAAGAAUGGUACGGUAAAUAUGCAUACAUUUGUGUUGGCCAAUCAGCUCUUCUUCAACCUGUAAUCUUGGCUCCUGGAGAUAAGUGGAAUGGCUCUCAACAUAUCCACAACCCUAAUCUUUGAGACUUUAAUUAUCAUAUGCUUAAACACUUAAAACACACAUGACAUGGAAAAGUGACAGACUUGCCAUAACCCACACUGAGACUGUAGCUCAGAUGGCAAUAAACUUUGGACUAAAGGGUUUACCAAAUUUAAAAUCUCAGGUUCGGUUUUUCAUUAAAAAUACCUGAAUUGAAGUUUGGGGGUCAUGGAGGUAGAAUAUUGUGCUAGGCUCCCUCGAGUUAGUUUGUUUCAACAAAAGAUGGGAUAUAUAGAAUAGAUUGUUAAAGUUUAAUGUUGUUUCUUCAUAGUUUGUUCACUAUUAAAUAAUGGGGAAACCUAAGUAUUGUAUUCAA